AUGGAACAACAUGGUUCCAUCGAGGGGGGUAUCACCAAUGUUCACGAGAAGAGUGAAACAGAUGUCGAUCUCGAGAACGCAGUCGAAACACCACAAAAGCCCGAAGCACCCAGCGCAGAUCCCAACCUUGUCGAUUGGGAUGGCAAAGAUGACCCGGAGCACCCCCAGAACUAUACUAAUCUGCGCAAAUGGGUCAUCACACUGACCAUGUCCACCAUGACCGUAUGGAUCACCUUUGCAUCCAGCGUCUUUUCGACUGCAACCCUGGUGACGGCGAAAGAGUUCAAUGUGUCGACCGAAGUAAUGAUUCUCGGUACCAGUUUGGUUGUUUUUGGUUUCGCUCUAGGUCCGCUGUGCUGGGCACCGCUGAGUGAGCUAUACGGUCGUCGCAUCCCCCUGUUCUCAGGCUACGCCAUCUUCGCUAUCUUCCAGAUCCCCGUGGCUGUCGCUACGAACCUUGAAACCAUUCUGGUCUGCCGAUUUCUCAUGGGUGUCUUUGGCUGCUCGCCUUUGGCCGUCGUUGGCGGUGCCCUGGCUGAUAUUUGGAACCCCGUGGACCGCGCUGUGGCUAUCGCUCUCUUCAGCUCUGCCACUUUCAUGGGGCCUGUUCUUGGUCCAAUUGUCGGUGGUUUCAUCACAGAUUCAUACCUUGGCUGGCGCUGGACCGCAUGGAUCACCUUAAUUGCUUCCGGCUUCUUCGGUUUGGUUGCUUUCUUUGUAGUCCCCGAGACCUACGGCCCUGUCCUCUUGCAAAAGAGAGCUGCCCGUCUGCGCACUGAAACCAACAACUCGGACCUCCAUGCCUUCUUGGAUCUGCACAAGCCCACAAUGUCAGAUAUCAUUACCAAGUACCUUUUCCGACCCUUCCAGAUGCUCGUUCAAGAGCCGAUCCUACUCGCUAUGACCGUCUAUCUCGCCCUGGUUUACGGAAUCCUCUACCUCUUCUUCGAGGCCUACCCAUAUUCUUUUGGUGAAAUUCGCGGUUGGACCCACGAAGGUGUAGCUGCCCUUCCAUUCAUCGGAAUUAUUAUUGGCGUUUUCCUCGGUGCCUCUCUCAUCAUAUACACUACGAAGACCCGUUUCGCCCGCAAACUUGCAAAGCACGGUAAGGUCGUUCCCGAAGAGCGCCUCGUACCAAUGAUGAUCGCCUCGGUGUUGCUGCCAAUCGGUCUGUUCUGGUUCGGCUGGACUUCCAGCCCACAUAUCUCCUGGGUGCCGCAGGUCAUUGCCGGCGUGCCUAUCGGUCUAGGUAUCCUAGUUAUUUUCAUGCAGGGUCUCAACUACAUCAUUGAUGUGUAUAUGAUGUUCGCCAACUCUGCCAUCGCGGCAAAUACUCUCAUCCGCUCAACCAUGGGUGGCGCCUUCCCGCUCUUCGCUACGCAAAUGUACCGGGAUCUAGGUGUGGCUUGGGCAUCUAGUGUUCUGGGUUUCAUUACUUUGGCUAUGAUCCCCAUUCCUAUUUUGUUCUUUAUCUAUGGCUCUAGGAUCCGGGCUAUGACCUCCACCCAAACUCCCGAGUCGAAACUCUCCACCUCCCCAGUCCAUGUGAGAACUGCGACCAUCCACGAUGCCUUCGCGCUCUCGCCCAGGUCCUUCCGAGGUGGAGGAAGACUGGGGCUUCGCAGUCUGUCCUUCAACCAGCCGCUCUCAUGGCGCGUGGGGCGCUCCGCCAUCCCCAUCGCGGAUCUCCUCGAACGUCUCCAGACUCUCGCGCAGGAACUCCGCAAACUCGACCAGGAGGAAAUUGAUAAGGAAUCGCUACGGAAAGUGUCCCAGGAACUCGCCAGUGGGAACUUGCUUGCCCACAAGGAUAAGGGUGUCAGGGCGUGGGCUACGUGCUGUAUCGUUGAUGUAUUGCGACUAUGCGCACCAGACGCGCCUUUUACGCGCAAUCAACUGAAGGAUAUAUUCACAUGUAUCGUGUCCUCGAUUAUCCCCGCUUUGGCCGAUCCAUCCAACGCCUACAAUGCCCAGCAUAUCUACGUCCUGGGAUCUCUCGCUGAGGUGAAGAGUGUGGUUUUGAUGGUCGAUCUUGAUCACCCGGACUCGCUUAUUGUCCCGUUGUUCGCGGGCUGCUUCGACAUCGUUUCGGGUUCUUCGAAAGCAUCCACCGGUGAGGAGGUGGCCAAGAAUGUCGAGUUUGACAUGACCCGAGUACUCGUCACUGUGAUCGAUGAAUCCCUCGUGUUGGCCCCUGAGGUGGUGGACAUUAUCGUCGCCCAAUUCCUCCGAGUCGACCCGCGAGUGUUGGACAACUCUAACAAGAAGGGAAAGCGACCGGAUGCACCACUUGAUGCCAAGCAGGACACCCUUCUACUAAAGGACUACCCGGCUGCCUAUAACAUGGCCAAGGCUAUCUGCCAGGCCUGCCCGGAACGAAUGACUAGUCACAUCAGCCAGUACUUCAACAAUGUCAUCAUCGAUGCGUCUGUGCCAGCUGGCCAAACGAAUGGCUCUAAGCAUGCUCGGAAACCCAAUCUUGAUGACUCUGAUGAGGAGGGAGAAGAUAUUAAGGAAUUGAGCAAGGCACACCGUCUGAUCCGGGAGCUUUGGCGUGCUUGUCCAGAGGUCCUGCAGAAUGUCAUUCCGCAGAUUGAAGCAGAACUCUCUGCAGAAUCGGUGGCCCUACGUUUAUUGGCAACUCAGACGAUCGGAGACCUCGCGGCUGGAAUCGGUGUUGCAGGUCCCCCACCCCCUCCCCCCAUGGACCCUACAACCUACCCGCCAGUGUCACUAGUGGAUUAUGACAAGAUCAUUCCCCAGCCCAAUGUUUUGUUGACUCCUGUAUCCCCCAAGCCUUUCUCUCAAGUCCACAAUUCAGCCUAUGAAGCCUUCUUGAGCCGUCGUCUUGACAAAACACCAUCAGUCCGUGCUGCCUGGGUCACAGUUGUGGGGCGAAUCCUGCUAACCUCAGCUGGAGGCUCUGGCUUACACGAAAGCGAAGAACACAGUCUUGUCAGAAACCUCGCCUCCAUGCUUCGCGACGUUGAUGAGAAGGUUCGUGUGGCUGCAGUUGAUACCGUCGGGCAAUUCGGGCUUUCUCAAAUCGUCCACAAGCUAAGUGUGGAUGGUGGUUGUUCGUCACCAGACUCGGUUCUUGCUAUUCUUGCCGAGCGAGUGAAGGAUCGCAAGCCGCAUGUGCGUGAACACGCCAUGAAGAUUUUGGCUCGAAUGUGGGCAGUGGCUGCUGGUGACAUCGAGCAAAAUACAGAGCCCGUCGUGUCCCUUCUCAAAGAUGCACCAUCCAAGAUAUUUGAUGCAUUUUACACCAAUGAUCAAGAAAUCCAUAUUCUGAUUGACCGCGUCUUGUUUGAGACACUUCUGCCACUUCCUUAUCCCCCUAUCAAACCGAAACUUUCUCGAGGCAGCUCGAACCAAUCACAGAAGCAGAAGGAUAGUCAGGCGUCCGAACCCGAGCAAGAGACAGAUGUUGACAAGAUUCGCGUUCGCCGAAUUCUUACCCUGCUCCGAGGGCUGGAUGAAAAGGCGAGGCGAGUCUUUUUCGUUAUGUUGGCCCGUCAAUUGUCGAUGAGAUCGGCAGUGACGCUUUAUCUAGAGGCCUGUGAGAAAUACAAUGGUGGUGUUGUCGACAAGGACGAGGAACAGAUUAAGACACAAUUGUCGAAGAUCAUUGAAUCAUUAUCCAAGACCUUCCCAGAUGCCUCACGCGCAUCGGCAGACUUGUGGAAGUUCGCCAAGGUGCAUGAUCGACGAAGCUAUCAGCUGAUUCGCUUCACCAUGGCUGCUGUGAGUGAUUAUCGCACUGUUGUCAAGGCCACGAAAGAACUUCAGCGGCGAGCCCAGAGUGCAAACAACUCUCCCCUGCUGGAAACGUUGACUCCUCUUGUAUAUCGCUGUGGGUCUUUGAUCUUCAACCGAAGCCACAUCCCGGCGAUCAUGAGUUUGUCCCGAACAGAUGAGAACGGAUUGGCCAAUGCUGCACAGGAGAUGUUGAAGCAAAUUUCAUCUCAAAAUCCGGAAGUCCUAGAGGCACAGGUCCAAGAGAUGUGCAAAGACCUCGAGGCUCAAGCCCCCAAGGCUUCCUCCGCUGGUGAUGGUAGUGCUGAAGACAUUUUGAAGGCUUGUGCUGGUUUUGCUAAAAAGCUUCCUGCUAAACUCCCCAAAGAGCGCAAGUUCCUCCAGGCUCUGGCCAACUACGCCCUUUAUAGUUCAUCACCGCAUUCUGCAAAACAUGCCGUGUCAAUUCUCAUGGCGACGGCUGACCGAAAGGAGAUGUAUGCGAAGGAUUUGGUACAUAAGUGCGUUGAGAAGUGGACGUACGGAUCUGAUCGAUUCCUCACUCGCCUGGCUGCUCUGUCGCAGCUGAACAUCCUUGCACCGAGAGAAGCAGACGAAGAAAGCGAUGCUAUUAUUUCAAUUGCCAUCAACCAAAUCCUGCUCACCAAUCGCACACCUGAACCCGACUCUGAAUACAACUGGUCAGAGACAGUUGAUGAUGAGACCAAGGCUAAAGAAUGGGCAUUGAAAAUCAUUGUCAACCGCCUUCGGGCCAAGGACGGAGCAGACAAUGAAGCUGACUUCCGUGCCCAUGCAAAGCCUGUCUACGAAACAUUGAAUAAAUUGGUGGUCGGUGAAGGCGAGAUCUCAAAGAAGAAAGAUACCCCUGCAGCCCAAAAAUCGCGCCUUCGCCUCCUGGCUGCGAAGUCCUUGCUCAAGCUGUGUGCUUCCAGCACUGUCUGCGACGGUCUGCUGACGCCGUCCGAUUUCAACGCCGUCGCAUUGGUUGCUCAGGAUCCACUCUUGCAGGUGCGAAGUGGAUUCAUUAACCACUUAAAGAAGAAACUCGUCCAAAAAUCACAUCUGAGCCACCGAUGGUAUAUUGUCCCCUGUUUGCUUGCUUUCGAACCUGUUCAUAGUCUAAAAGAGAGCACGCUCACAUGGCUGCGGUCCCGAGCGGCAUACUUCGCCCAACAGGCGCAAGCCAGUGGGAAACGGACAGAACAGACCAUGGUCAUGGAAUUGAUCUUCUCGCGUCUCUUGUCUUUGCUUGCCUACCACCCCGAUUACCCCUCUGAGGAUCUGGAUGAGGCAACGAAACUCGGCGACCUUACCGACUUCUCUCAAUAUAUCCUUUUCUACCUCUCCGCAGUUGCUAAUGAACACAACAUGUCAUUGAUUUUCCACGUCGGGCAGCGCGUCAAGCAAUUCCGCGAUGGAAUCACCAAAUCAGAUGAGAUCUCCACCCGCCUCCACACUCUCUCUGAUCUGGCGCAAGCAACUAUUCGCCGUUUCGCAGAUGUCUACUCCCAACAGCACAAGUUUGGCGGUGCCGCCGGCGCAACCAACAUCUUGCAAACGUACCCUGGAAAAAUGGGAGUCCCUAGCUCCCUCUUCACCUCCAUGAGCAGUCACCGCGAAGCCCAAGACGUCGCCGACAAGAACUUCCUUCCAGAUGAGUUGGAUGAUUUGCUUGAUCGCGUCGUUCGAAUUGCAAUGAAGCCCAGGAGUAACUCUACCCACGCUUCACAGGGCGGUUCAAGCAAGAAGCGAAAACCCGAGUCUCUUGAUGCGAACGGCAAACCCUCUGUGUCCAAAAAGGCACGCAAGGAAAAUUCUUCUCGUCCCGCCCGCAAGUCCACAUCAUCGAUCAGUGCAGCCAAGCCGAAACGGAAAUCAAAGAACGACGAUGGCUGGUCUUCCGACGGAGGUGCUGAAGGCACCACACCUGCUUCCUCUCGCCGACGCAGCGUCCGAGGCACCGCGAAGCCGGAAGUUAGCUAUAUCGACAAUGACAGCGAUGAUGCCGAUAUGGAGAUGGCAGAGUGGGAUAAUCCCGACGAAAAAGACGACGGCGAAGGUGAAGCGGAGCAGGAAAGUGAGAACGAAGAAUCUCAAGAAAUGGACGACGACCAAGAUGUCUCUGAGGACGUUGAGCCUGAGGCCAGUGAGAAGGAACCCACGCCGCCUCCUGCAAGGAAGCGAGGCGGAAAGGCCACUGCUGCGAAGGGCGAUGCCAAGAAGCCUGAAGCAAAGAAGCCUAAAGCAACCAGCUUGCCUUCGCGACGCUCUUCCCGUCGUGGAUAG